CGCAACACAAACUCGCAAUGCUCAGUAGAGCAAUAGCAGUUUCACACGUACGCACGGAAACGAUUGACUCUACGCAUGUGCUUCAGCCUCAUUUCCUGUACCGUCUCAAAAAUCAUAAGUCAAAACUAUUACCGAAACAGCGACGGUGUCAGGUGUAAUUGUGAAUAUCGGUGAAAAUAUUGGACCUAAACAGUUUACGUGACUGCGCUACUUCGGUCGUACGACUUCAAGACAUUUUUGCGGCGGAGACGUUCCGCCUACGACGACGAUAGAGACGACCAUUAACUUUUCGUGGUAGCGUUUUUGUCCGUGUUUGACAAUUACGACAAACAUCGCGCCCCCGCUAUGAUUCACAGCGGCGGCGGCGCCGAUUGUUAUACCAGUACGACGGCAACCACGACGAAUACCGGCAAUCCGACGACCAUGAUGAUGGCAAAUAUUCAACAACAACAACAACUAAUACAACAACAACAACAGCAGCAGCAACAACAACAGCAGCAGCAACAGCAAACCGCUGCAGAUGCCCCAACGGAUUUCUGGUGGUGGUCGACAACGACGGCCCAGCAACACGCCGACGACGGUGGUGCGGUAUCCGGACACCAACACCAGCAAAUAUCGUCUUCGUCGUCCCAACAGCAACAGCACAACCAAACGAUGGACGGAGACGAGUUUGACGGUUUCGACUUGUCACUGCUCAUAAACGGCGCAAGCGACGGAUACUUCAGCGACGCCUCGUCGGCCGACUGUCGUGUGCCCGGGAAUGCUAUUUCCGCGACAGUUACCGUGCACACCAACACGUCUAUGGAUGUCGGUGGCGGCGAUGGCAACUGUUACUACUCGACACCAGCGACGUCGACGUCACUGCAACAACAAUUGGAGCUACAGCAACUUCUGUCCAUAUACGACGACAUAUGUUCCUUAGAAGAUGCAAAAUCCAUUUUUCAUCAACAGCCUCCGGUGGCUCCUGCCGUGGUGUCUACCACGACUGCCGGAGUCCGUCAAUCCAAAACCCCCGUGCCAGUCAUCCCGGCCGGCCAGCUCGUCAACGCGUCGACAACGAUGACUGACACCACCGCCGCCGCCGCCGCCAAAGACCGCGCCGGCAAGACCACUCUGUUGAGAUCGCUGUUGACAGCCACAGCACCGCAGCCCGCGAUACCGCUGUCACCCACACGCCCGGCCGACUCACCGCCAGCGGCCGUAGUUGAAUCCACCACAGAAGUGGCGACGACGCCGACGACUACGACGACAAUCAAACACGAGGUCGUCUCGCCGAGCAGCCACAACAAAAGCAACAACAACAACAAACAUCGACUACUGAUCGAAAUGUUACGUGGUAGCAACGCGGACGACGAUGUCGUUCCGACGGCUCCGACGGUGCGGCCCGCGCGCCGUAGACCACGCACCGAGACUAUCGGUUCCGAUGAUGAAGGCGGGCCGCCGCAAGGCAUCCGACGCCGACUGGACGCGCCGCCGUCUCUGCAAUUGGACGGUGGACAAGUGUCCAAACAGAACGUCGUGGACGACGACGAACUUCUGUUAUACGGCGGCCCUUAUUAUUCCGCCACGACGUCGCCGUCGUGGCUGGACCGCAUGGUGGCAGCGGCUGCCGCUGCGACAACGGGUGCCAGCACUGCCGAUUUUUAUUCAUACGCCACAGACACCGCAGCAGACCAGCAGGCGCUACACCAAGAUCUCUACCGUCGGCGACAACAACAACAACAACAACAAUCGCAGCAGCAGCAAAACGGCGACCGUGCAGUGGACAUCGUUAACAUCGUGGACGACUGCUGCAGCGUCAGCGAUUAUUGCAACAGCUACGGCAUCGGUGGCAGUGGCGGCUUCGACCAAGGCUACUACUCCGUUGCUUCGGCCGAAGUUGCGUACAGCCCACAGACUUCGGCUCCAGUGCCAUCCGUCACGCCACCGCCAUCGUCGUGUGGCGACCCGUCGACGACGAGCACGAGCGACGACGGUGAUAAUAUGGUCCAACAAAUGGCGACUUGGAAAACGACUGAAGCAACAGCCUCAGACGACUAUUACGAUAGGUUGCUGAUGACGGUUAUGAUGGAAGCGGCGGCUGCGGCAUCCACUGUUCCAUCGCCGGCCAGCAUCUCCGGUACAGCUGACAAUGUCGGCAGCAGCUACAUCAGCAGCAGCAGCAACAGUAGCAAUAGCAGCACUUGUAGCACUACGUUCAAAAGCGUGACCGGUGAAAGUGGCGACGUGAACGCCGACGGCGACGGCAGCAACAACAUGUGCUUCAAAAUCGAAGUGGACGACGACGAGUAUAACUGCGGCGACGCGGCCACUACGACGGCCGCCAAUGACGAUGAUGACGACGACGACAACGAAUCGGAAGUACCCGAAACCAAGUAUCAACCCAGGCAGAUCCUCGUCAAGACCGCGGUGACGUGCUGUUCGACAACGGCAGCCGUGUUGGAGCCGGAAAACAAGACAUUGUCCGUCGCUACGACGGCUGUCGCUCCCUCCGGGUCCACGUCGUCGUCACAACACAUCCACUUGUGGCAGUUCCUCAAGGAACUGUUGACCGCUUCAUCAGCAGCCGCGGAACUCCAGACGGCCACCGUGGAAGGCGAUGCGGUUCACUGUGGUGUGUCACCAUCGUCCCCGUCGGCGUCGUCGACGACGCUCUCAAACGCCGCGGGAAACAAGCCACAGCAGCCGCAGCAGAUGAUUCGGUGGCUGGACCGGAAGCAGGGCAUAUUCAAAAUCGAAGACAGCCAGGCCGUGGCCCGUCUUUGGGGACGCCGCAAGAACCGGCCUGCAAUGAACUACGACAAACUAUCCCGGAGCCUGCGACAAUACUACAAAAAGGGCAUCAUGCGCAAGACGGAUCGUUCCCAACGGCUCGUGUACCAGUUUUGUCAUCCGUACAACGCUUGACGAAACAAAACAUAAUAUUAGAAAUAAAAAUGUACAUGUAUUAUUAUUAUUAUUAUUAUCGGGUCUGUGUAGCAAUUGGAGUGACGCAUUGGCACAUCAGUACACAAUAGUUGUUCAGAGAACGCUCAGAAUCUAAAAUGUUAUCAUGUUUUGAUGAUUUCGUAAUAUACUCUCGAAGUAUUGGAUUCGAAUUUUCCAGGGGGGCUCAUACUAUACGGUCACUCUUAAUAUUGUUACACAGUCCUGAUUCUAGUAUAAUAUAUCAGACUAUAUGUAAGCAUGGUGGUGGUAAUUUUUAUUUAAUUUUUUAAUUUUUUAUUUAUUCUUCAAGAAGAUAAUGGGCCCCCCUGAACAUAUUCGUGUGGGGGGCCAUAACCCAUUGGUAAUCUAAUACUUGUUAGGUUAAAGUAGUGCUUGUACUUCGUCCGAACUAUUGUGAUCAUAAUUCGGUGGAGGGAAAGCGCUCAUACAAUAACACAUACACCGUCUCGUGAUCGUCGCCGUCGGACGGGCGGGCGGCGGACGCGAAGCCGCUUAGGCGCGAGCGAUGAACGCGGAAGGUAAUUUUCGCGAGCGCAACCGUCACGUCCUUUUUCAGGAUGACGGGGUUUUUUUUGGGGAGGAGGAGGGAUUUGUGGGAAGCUUUCGAAAAUCCAGUUAGGUGACGAUUUUAGUUUAUAUAAUCAUUAAUAAUAUCAAUAUAAUAUAAUAUACGACUAAAUUGCCCAUACGGUUUUCGACGGUACCUAUAGUUGUCGAGCUCGAGCAGGAGAGGUGGGAGAAUAAUGAGGCGUUUUAGGCGCGAUUUUUUUUUUUUUUACUAUUUUAAAACUACCCGACCGCUGAGGCCCUCUGAGGCCAUGGUUGGAUUUGGGUGGUUGUUAUCGGUCCCAUAUAUCCAUGAUAUAUUGUCUAUUACGUACGUUCUGUGAACAUGUUUUUUUAAAUAUUGUAAUUAUAAAAAUAUAUUUUUUAUUAUACAUAAUAAUUAUUAUUAUGUAAAUUCAAUAUAAUAUUAUACUAAGGUGUAUAUAUAUGCAUUUAUAUUAUAAAAUUAAUUAUAUUUAAUAAUAUAGUGUGGGGGGAUGGUGAUUACGGUUUCUGUGCGGACUGUAUUAAUCCGCAGACGUAAUACACGCCAAUUGGUGCAGGUAUACAAUAAUAUAUAUAAAUAUUUUUUUUAUUAGCUUUUUUGAAGUAUCGGCAAUAUAGCCAUUAACAUUUUGUGGGAGGGAUUACGGUUGGUCUUGAGCAACACGUGUAAAUGUGGGUCAAGAGAUUUUUACUUAGCACUCGGGUGGUCACCCAUCCGGGAAUUAAGAUAGUCGGACGAUACUUGACCUGAGAACACAUUAGCUACUGUCACCAACCACCGCGCCCCCCAACAAUAACACUAUAAUAUAAGUACCUAUUAAAUUAUGUAUGAAAUAAAUGAAAAUGUAAAAACUACAAACAUAAUAUUACAUUGAAUGGUUAGAGGUGAGCUAAUAUACUUUAAAAAAUAAAAGGUCUGAAUUGGGGAGUCUCUAAUUUAAGCACUUAUUUUAAUAUUAAAUUGUUGAGAUAGCACGCGUUCUUUUUUACGUUAUGCUAAUACGUAUAAUAAUAUAUACAUAGCGAUAUACUUCGAUUAUAAUAUGAUAUUAAUAUAUUAUAGGUACAAUUUAUUUCAUUGUAAACGUUUGAUUUUAAUUUAUAACUCAAAAUGUUUAUAAUAAUAUUAUUAUUGAUCGUACUAAUUUAAGUUUUGAAGAUGUAAUAAUUUUACGCAUAACUAUAUUAAUAAUACUGAUUUCUGUGAACACUUGCGCUCUCCUUAAUGAAUCUUAACUUUUAAGUGCUCUGCAUAUUUUCACUAUGCCUAUUGUAAAUAGUUUUUUAUGAGACACUACGAAUGAUGUAUACGCGACGGUGUAUUGUAUUAUAUAAUCAUUAUAUAUUAUAAUUGAUAUAAUAAUAAAUACACGCGUCGACGUGUUAUAUAUUAUAUGAUAUUAUAACUAUUGAUAUAAUAUGUAUAUGCGCAUGUAUUAUUUAUUUGUAGGUCGAGCUAUACGACUUAUAAUAAUAUAUUAGUUAACGUUACCCUUUAUUGACAUAUUAUAAUUAGUCCAAGUAAUAUCAAUGUUAAGGCAUAUGCAUUAUGAAGAAUUGCAUGUAUACAUAAUAUUAUAAUAUGACAUGAUAAAAUAUGUAUAAUUACAAAAUAUAAUAUGAUGAAGAAUCGUCAACAACGCGGUUACGGGUUAUUAUUGCAUGAUUAAAUAAGUAUUAUAAUAAUAUAUACUAUUCUAUAACAACUAUGCAAUUAAUAAUAAUUUUUAUAUAUAGGUGGUAUAUGAUUAAAUUAUAUUGGAAUUCGUUCAUUUUUAUAUAAUUUUCAUUAUAAGAAGGGUUUUUAACAAUUUUUCAAAAUGUAUUUUUAGAUUGAUUGUAAUCAUUAUAUAACUGUAUAUAUUAUAGUGUAUAUUAUAUUAUUAUUUUGUUUUAUAUUUUUUUUUUAUAAAUGCUUCAGACAUUAUAC